AGCAUUCGGGUUUCCUACUAGCUAUAUCCAUCAACAACACUCAUACAAUUCAUUUUUUCAUGUGUGUUUCAGUGCACCAAUUACCAAUAACAAUGGAGGGACUUCCUAUGUUAGCUUGUCUUAUACAACACACCUUAAAAGGUCUAUGCACCUGUUCUUCAUCAGACAACAUUACUUCCCCCAAAUGGGUGUAUGCUGUUUUCUGGCGAAUCUUGCCUCGAAUCUACCCUCCUCCAAAGUGGGACAAUGAAGGAGGUGUUCUUGAUCGAGCAAAAGGAAACAAACGUAACUGGAUUCUUGUUUGGGAAGAUGGGUUUUGUGAUCUUGAUGAAUGUGAGCGAAUUGGGAACAACGAUGGGUUCUUGAAGGGUAGAUUUGGACGUGAUAUCUUCUUCAAACUGUCCCAUGAAGUUUACAAUUAUGGAGAAGGAUUGAUAGGGAAAGUAGCUGCAGAUAACAGUCACAGAUGGGUGUUUAAAGAUGGAUCAAAUGAGCAGAGUACUGAUCCAAGCUUUCUUUCUUCAUGGAAUGCAACUAUUGAUCCUCAACCAAAAGCUUGGGACUUUCAUUUCAAUUCAGGGAUUAAGACGAUUGCAGUGAUAUCUGUCAGAGAAGGUAUUAUUCAACUGGGGUCUUUUGAUAAGAUUCUUGAAGAUCUGAAUUUAGUAUUAACCAUUCAGAGGAAAUUCAGUUACCUACGUAGCAUUCCAGGGUUAUUCCAUAUUCAGCGACCUUUUUCCAAUGUACAAGUUCAACAAUGCACGUACAACCCACUGAAGCAAAAAACCAUUGGAUCCGAGGGGGCCCAUCAAGUAAUCGGGUCAAAAGUCAACAUCCAUGCGGGAGAAAGUCAACAUCACAAGGGUCCGGUUUGGUCAUUGGGUUCGGGUUACAAUACGCAAGAGAAUGGACCACCAUUUUGGCCAAUUCCACCCCUCUUGCCGUAUAAAUUCGGAUCUCAAUAUGACUCGACCCGGAUUCGGAAUGAUGGUGUGGGCCAGUGUUUGGGUGAUGAGAUAUCACAGAUCAAAGAUCCGGUUCAAGAAAGGAAACCUGGUUGCUUCCACCCGAGUGCUGGGUUAGUUGUGGAAUUAGGGUUUGGGACUAGGAAGGUAGCUCAAGAAUGUGAUGUAAAAGUAAAAUCUCAAUUAAGUUAAUAAGGAGACAUUUGCAAUUAUUUGGA